CGGACCAACAUGGCAGGCGCUCCCCAGACUGUGUUGAUCUCGGGCUGCUCCUCAGGAAUUGGCCUGGAGCUCGCGGUGCAACUGGCCCUCGACCCCAAGAAGCGGUACCAGGUGGUGGCCACCAUGAGGGAUCUGGGAAGGAAGGGAAUGCUGGAGGAAGCUGCCGGGGAGACUCUGGGGAAGACCCUCACCGUGGCCCAGCUGGAUGUGUGUAGUGAUGAAUCAGUGGCCCAGUGUCUCAGCUGCAUCCAGGGACGAGAAGUGGAUGUGCUCGUGAAUAAUGCUGGAGUGGGCCUGGUGGGGCCCCUGGAGGGGCUCAGCAUAGCCACCAUGCAGAACGUCUUUGAUACCAACUUUUUUGGGGCUGUUCGUCUGGUCAAAGCUGUGCUUCCUGGCAUGAAGAAGAGGCGACAGGGCCACAUCGUGGUGAUCAGCAGUGUCAUGGGACUUCAGGGUGUCGUGUUCAAUGAUGUCUACGCAGCUUCCAAGUUUGCCCUGGAGGGAUUCUUCGAGAGUUUGGCUAUCCAGCUGCUGAAGUUCAACAUCUUCAUCUCCCUGGUGGAGCCAGGUCCGGUGACCACCGACUUUGAGGAGAAGCUCUUGCAGCAGGUUUCUAAGGCCGAGUUCCCAGGCACUGACGCUGACACCCUGAGCUAUUUCCGGGACUUCUACCUCCCAGCCUCUAGAGAGCUCUUUCGAUCCGUGGGACAGAGCCCGCAGGAUGUAGCUCAGGCCAUCGUCAAGGUCAUCAGCUCCGCCCGACCACCCCUGCGCCGCCAGACCAACGCCCGCUACACCCUGCUGACGACGCUCAAAGCCGCUGACCCCUCGGGCCGCCUGUACGUGCGGAUCGCUCACUGCCUCCUCUUCCGCUGGCCACGCCUUCUCGACCUUGGCCUUCGAUGCCUGGCCUGCGGUUGCCCGCGGACCCGGGUGUGGCCCUGGUGA